AUGGUCGCUCUAAUUGCUCCGGCUGCAUUUGCAGCAAUCAACUUUGACUAUCUCAUCGUUGGCGGAGGCACUGCUGGUCUUACCAUUGCAACUCGUCUCUCCGAGAAUGCCAACUUCCAAGUUGGUGUCAUCGAAGCCGGCGGUGACCACACGGAAGACCCUUUGAUACUAACACCAGGUCUGGCCUUGUCUACUCUCAACAAUCCUCUCUACGACUGGGCAUUUGAGACGACACCUCAGGUCCAUGCAAACGGACGAGUGAUUGGACACCCCCGCGGAAAGCAGCUUGGAGGCUCAAGUGCCAUCAACUACCUCUAUUGGACCCACGCAUCUCGCCUCGAUAUCGAUGACUGGGGAAAGCUUGGGAACAAAGGCUGGUCAUGGGAUGAGCUAAACCCCUAUUUUUCCAAGUCAGAGACAUACAACCCUCCAUCUGCGGAUAUUUCUAGUCAGACUGAUACCACGUUCAUCGUGCCUUCUGCCCAUGGAACCAGUGGCCCCGUCCAGGAUUCUUUCCCACCUUUCUUCGACAACUUCUACAAAUCUUGGGAGCCAACAUACAAGAAUCUGGGCCUUGGUCCCACCGGUGAUCCUCGAGGCGGACUAGCAAUAGGUGCUUAUUCUACGCUCGUUUCUCAGGAGCCUAAGAACGCAUCUCGGAGCUAUUCUGCCAAUGCUUAUUGGAAACCGAAUACGUCUCGCCCAAACUAUCAUGUCUUGACGAAUGCUCAGGCUACAAAGCUGGUCUUUGAUACUCGACAUAAGCCUUUAACAGCUACAGGCGUUAACUUCGUUGUAGACGGUCGAAAAUAUACAGCAAAGGUCAAAGGAGAAGUCAUUAUAAGUGCAGGCUCGUUUCAAUCGCCGCAUCUACUCGAGCUCUCUGGCAUUGGUGAUGCAAAGCUGUUGAAGUCCCAUGGCAUCGAUGUUCUUCUUGACAAUCCAAAUGUCGGCGAAAAUCUACAGGAGCAUCUUCUCGUACCCUUGACGUACGAAGCUGCAGAAGGCGAAGGUACGUUUGAGAGCUUCCGAAACGCAACCAUCGCCGCUGCAGCGAGCGAGGAAUACGCUGUCAAUCAUACUGGUCCACUCGCAUCGAACACUGCUAAUGCAUAUAUCUCUUUCGCGCAAUUGUUGAAGGCCAAUCAUGGUGGGAAUUACAAGACUCCGCAGUCUCUUGAUUCGGCACGACAGAGAGGCAGCAAAGGUCUUCAAGAAGUUUUGACUCUUGAGAAACUAUUAUCACCCACCGAAGCCUCGAUUCAGGAGGUCUACCUUCCCGGUGGCUCUACACCCUCACAGCCAUACAAUACGAGCGUCAUCUUCAGCACAACCUAUCCCAACAAUUACUUCACGUUCUUCUCCGUUCUCGAGCAUCCCUUCUCGCGAGGCAGCGUUCACAUCACAAGUUCAGACCCGUUUACAUACCCAGCCAUCGAUCCAAACUACCUCUCAAACCCCCUCGAUACCUAUGUAGUCGGGCAAGGCUUAUUACACAUCCAGCAAGUCGCCCAGACAGCGCCUUUCUCUAACCAUCUAAAGAACGGCGGCACCGUCUACCAGCCAGACUUCUACAAGCUUGAUGAAAGCAAUGUAGAAGACUUCGUAAAGAGCCAUUCUGCGAGCGAGUACCAUCCAAUGGGUUCGUGUAGCAUGUUGCCAAGGGAUCAGGGAGGGGUGGUGAAUGAGCGGUUGCAAGUAUAUGGUACGAAGAAUGUUAGGGUCGUUGAUGCAAGCGUCUUUCCAUUGGCUGUGAGGGGGAACUUACAGACUCUUGUGUAUGCUGUAGCGGAACGGGCUGCCGACUUUGUGAAGGCAGAUGCUGCUCAGGAGAAGUAG